AUGAGUUCCGUUGUGCGCGACUCUGUGGGCCGCGAGUGGGAGCGGGUGGAAGAUGAUGACGACAUCCUCUCGACGACGACAGUGAUGCCUGGGGAAGUUCAGGCACCUGAGAUGCCUUCGACUAUGACGAUGGGGCCUGCGGAACAGCAGGCGGAUGCGACGCCUGAGCGACUGGCGUCACAUGGCGUGAGUUCAGAGAGAUGGACCCCCUCAGUGAAUGGGUCAUUGGGGGGCCGAAACCUUUGGAGGGGAACGCCGUCGCCUCGAAGGUUGUCGUGGGAUCAUCGUGCAGCCAGAGCCUCGACCAACUGGGAGGCUGCGUCAGCCCCUGGCGCCUUGGAGGAACGAGCUGCAGGCCAUGGGUCUUGGGAGUGGUCCGACUAUGAAUGGUCAGAUGAUUCGUGGAGUUCGGACCCAUGGGGACACCACCUGGACACCGCUCGCCCCGGCUGGAGGCAUCGGUACCAUAACUGGGAGGAGCCAGCACAGGAUCCGGAGGAGAGCAUGCCACCGGAAGUGUCUGGAGUUCCCCUGCCUCGACUGUUGUCCAGGCGGGAGAACAGUGCCGAACGGAAGGAAGACACGAUUCUCCCCGUGCGCUUCGGCAUGAUCCGGAAGGAGCUCGAGUACUUGAUCAAGGACGCCUUCGAGUACCCGAUUCACCGCAAGAACACCAAGGUGAUCAUGCCCGAGGACUUCGCAACGAUCAGCCGCAAGGACAUCAGAUCGAUCAAGGUCGAGGACUUCGAAACGAUCAGCCGCAAGGACAUCAGCUUGAUCAAGCACGAGGACUUCGAGACGAUCAGCCGUCAGGACAUCAGCUCGAUCAAGGACGAGGACUUCAAGACGAUCAGCCGCAAGGACAUCAGCGCGAUCAAGGCAAAGCCAGGAGAGUCAUGGAAGGACUACUGGAGGUCGGUGGAGUUUUGGUUGGCGUCUGAGGGUGCCAACUUGCCGCCAGGCGUUCGUGCCACCAGGCUUAUGCAGCAGCUGAAGGAGCGAGCCGGGAAGAUUGUCAAUCACCUGAGUGUGGAGGACGUCACGGGCCCCGGCGGAGUCGAGCUGAUUCGGAAGGAGAUGGAGAAAAGCCCGAUUAUCAGGUUGCUGGAGCAUAAGGAGGUGGACAAGAAACGCCAGAAGUUUAUGAAGCUGUGCCGCUACCCGAAGGAGUCAUUGGAGUCCUUCAUUAACAGGGCUUCGAUCUAUCGCCAUGAGAAUGACUCCUGCCAGAACUACCGUGUGGGCACGAAGUUCUACUUGGGCCACUUGAUUGACGCCGCCCGCCUCACGAGUAAGGACCAGGCCCUCAUCAAGACGGCGGCCGGUGGACUUCACGAAGAGCACAAGGUGGUGAAUGCCAUGUUGGAGCUUUCGGAGCAGUUAGAGGGCCAGAGUGGAUACCCCAUUGGAAAAGGGGAGCCGGACCUGCCGGAUGAGGACCGUUACCUAGUGCAAAAGGGGUCCCGCGAGACUGGUGAUGAUGCUCGACGGCGUGAUGGCCGGGAGAAGAGCUACCGCAGGUUCGAUGGCAAAGAUCGCCGACGUCGGGAUCAGCGAGGCCGCUGGAAUGGACGGGCCCGGAAACUCAAGCAAGUCUUUCAUGCCAUCUUGGAGAAUGAUGAGGACUCCGAGUCGAGCAGCCAGUCCGGUGAAGAUGAUAGCUCCGACUCGAAGGAGAACGGCGAUGACAAGGAGGAGAAUGCCCCGGGCCAGGACGAGGAAACCUCGUCGGAGAUCUCCAUGCCGGCGGAGGUGUACGCUCAGGAGUACAAGGCAAAGAAGAAGGUGAAUGAGCUAAAGCAGAUGCGGCAGUAUUUUCAGCGUGGCAACUCCGAGAAGACGAAGGCCUGGGUUCGAGAGCAGCAGAAGAAGGAGCCAUGCUUCUUGUGUGACAAGCUUGGCCACUGGAGCCAGGAAUGCCCGUUGAGGCACAAGGGCCCUCGCAAAAACGCGCAUUCUGUGCAGGUUACCUCGGGCCGCUCAAGCCAGGACCCGGGCCAAUGGAGCCUUCUCGAGAGCAUGACGCAAUACACGGUGGCCGCGCCUGUUCGGGAUGUCUCUCGGGUUUCUACCUGUCUGGUUACGUCGUUCAGAUCAGCCCUUGCCACAGUAGAUCACGAAGCCUUUUGGUCUAUGCGUGAACUACACAGCAGCUUGAUUUUGGACUUGGGAUGCAUGAAGUCAGUGGCAGGGACUAAGUGGGUCAACCAACAUAUUGCGCGCCUUAAGCAGCUGGGACGCUGGAUGAUGGCCACGAGAGAGCGGGAGAGUUUUCGUUUUGGUGAUGGCCAUGAACUUGUGAGUGAGUAUGCUUUUGUCUUUGAAGCUACGGUGCUAGGCGUGAGGGUGAUCUUGAGACUCAGCGUGGUGCCCGGAGAGUGUCCACCGUUGCUUGCCAAGCCAGCGUGCACUCAGCUGGGUAUGGUCAUCGAUACUGAGCACCACCAGGUUUCCUCACGAAAGCUUCGAGUCACUCGCUAUGGAUUGUCUCAGACGUUCGGUGGGCACUAUGUCAUUCCGAUUGCCGAGUUUGCUGAAGAUAUGCCCCAGAUUCAUGAGCCCAGCAUCCCCCAGCACCUCGAAGCCAUUCCGGUGUAUGUGAACGAGAGCCUUGAGACCUCCCGAAAUGAAACAGGUUCCCGAGUUACGACGAUGCCCUCCUUGAGAUCGUGGACAAGACAUGACAAGCAGGUGAGCAACACAGUGGGCCCCGGAACCAACGGACCGGCGUGGGAGUUCGUCGUUCGUCGGGUGGUGUAUGAUGCUCAGAAUGGUGGCAAGUUGUUUGAAGAGUGCGUGACUGAGGCUACCCCGAUUAGGCAGCCUUUGCACGGAGUGUAUGAUACGACCACCAUCUUUAUGUUCAACACCCGCGCUGCGCCCUUCACAAGGAUGGAGAAGAACGAGGAGGCCCCGGGAGUGGAGGUGAUCUCCGAUGGAAGCUCCCCGACGCUGCCCGUGCACCACCGUCUGGACCGCACCGACGACGAACCCCUGCGGACCUCGUGGGAGGAAGUGGGCCUGGACGAUGCGGAGGAGAACCAAUCGGAGGACGAAGCAACCACAGCCCCCGCAGUCAAUCGCAAGGUCGGGGGCCAAAAACUGGGUCGCCUUCUACGGGAACGGGCCAGGUCAAAGUCGGCCGAUACCCGCAAACCGCGCAAGGGCGAGAUGAAACGCCUGGGUUCCCCGAGGUUGAGGUCUUCGCGAGCCGAGGGGAGCACGAGGGUGGUACCGCCAACUCCGGCAUCCAAGGCCCCGAGCACUCCGGCACGAACAACCAAGGCGAUGCUGGAGGCGCAGGCGGCCGAGCUGGAGGAGCAGCUGUGGGACUACAUGGACCCGACCUCGAUCGUCGUCGAGGGCUCGAAGGCGACAAAGGCAUACUGGGUGGAGAAGGUUCGCCUGCUGGAGGAGGAGUUGGGCCAUUGCUUGGCCCCGGGCCCUAUGGAGCUGGACAAGCUGAAGGAGAAUGGCGAGAUCGACUUCACGAUCGAGGAGGAGGACCGGGCCUCUACACGUCGGGCGGGCAAGGCCCGUCACGAGGAGCCGCCGCCCGGGAGAACGAGGGCGGAUCAGAGAGCUACUACGACGCCCGAAGCCAGUGCAGCAUCGACGAAGGGGAGUGUGGAAACCAAGGGAAGGCGAGCGCCGGCGAAGAUCGGCGCCCUCACGGAUCAUACAGCUCCCUUCCCGAGUCUGUCGAACAAGUUUUCCGACGACGUGGUGAUCAACCUGAUGCUGAGCUUGCAAGGGAAGCUGUUCGCGUUCAAGUGGAAGCUCUUCCUCCUGAUGCUGCGGGUGAAGAAGGGAGUCGAGCACGAGAUGGGGCCCCGGGUGCGAUGGAGGAGGAAUCCGAAGUGGCUAAUGCAGCUACUGGGGCGGGAGUGCGCCAGCCUAUGGGGCCACCUGGGGGCGGCGAGACAGCUAUGCAACAGCCACAAGCGUGGAGUCGCCGUGGGUGGCAGGAUCCUAUGUCUCCUCACGUUGGCCGCCACGUUUGGAUUUCGUUGGUCGGCCGUGGAGGUGUUUGACACGGGCACGGACUGGAGUGAAUGCCAAACGGAGCAGGCAUGGGAGAUAAGCGAGCCGUUGUGGAACGCACCGACUGCCCCUGGGAGAAAGGAGUGCAGAAAGAUCAUGGCCCAGUUGCACAAGAAGGCCCCCGACGUCGUCCUGUUGUCGCCGCCGGUAGGACCUUUUUCGUCAUGGACUCAGGCGUCUUCGAAGGAGUUGCGUGAGGCCAAGGCUCGUUACUGGCCAAUGUGGGAAAUGAUUGUGGAUGUGUGGAAACAACAGACCGCCCGAGGGCGUCUGGUACAUCUACAGCUACCUCACGGCGCCACCGUUCCAGACUCAGCCGAGCUCCGGGCCAUGAAGAUCAAUUACGAGAGGCUUACCUACGGCCAGGAGACUGACGAGUCGACGGAGUGGCCAGACCUUCAUCGAGAUCCCACCUGUACGGCCUAUGUGGACCUGUGUAUGCUUGGGCAUUGCGACCCUGAGACCGGAAAAUACUUCAAGAAAGGGGUCCAAGUGGAGACCAAUCACCCGGUGUGGAGUUCUAUGUUGGGGUCGCCACCGAGAUGUCAACACCCUCCGGGACAACAUCAGGAGGUUAAGGGGUUCGCGGUGGAGAAGGGCGGCCAACUGGUGAGCAGGUCGUCUGUGGCAGCCAAAUGGCCUGAACCUUGGUGCGCCUUGGUUCUGAAUUCUGCGAAUCAGGUGCUGGAAGUUCGGCGAGCCUUACCACCAAAUUUGGCUCUUCAUCAGGAAUGCCCAGGUGAUGUGGAAUGGGAAGCCGUCCCGGUGGAGACGGAAACCUCACCAGAGGGCCUCUUGCGACAGAGACUUGGUGAAGUGACGGGCGACCAGUACGACUACAUCUACUUCGAGGGCGGCAGCGGGUCCUUGUCAAAACCGUUAAGGAGCACCCUGGCAAAGUUGCAUGUGGUGUUGGGACAUGUUUCAAAUGCCAAAUUAAAGCGGAUGCUCCAUCUGAAUGGGGCCAAGGACCACAUCCUGGACGCGGCCGGGGACCUCCGUUGCCAAAUUUGUCAGUCAGUCGUCCCGCCACGACCCACACCCAAGGCGGCCUAUGAUAGGCCUACGCGCUUCAAUGAGAGGGUCGUGGUGGAUGUGUUCUAUGUUUGGGACGCUGGCAAGGCCAAGUAUGCGGUGGUUCACGCGGUGGAUGCUUUUGCCCUGUACCAGGUCGCUACAUUGAUGCAUACGGCAAGGGCAGACCUGGUGGCGCACUUCUUGAAGAACUACUGGGUCGGUGUGUUUGGCCCGCCAGAAGUGCUUAUGAGCGACGGAGGCAGCGAGUUUGCAGCCGAGACUGAAGGUCUUCUGAGGGCCUAUGAUGUUUUCCAUGAAUUGGUCCCUCCUGCGGCGAAGUGGCGCAUGGGACUGGCCGAACGACACGGUGCCAUUCUCAAGCUCCUCAUCAUGAAGACCAUACAAGCUACCACCGCCAAGGGCUACAGCGAGACUAAGGAAUGUGUGAUGGCGGCCACAUCGGCGAGAAAUCGCCAGAUGAGAGUGGGAGGAUUCUCCCCGACCCAGAUUGUGCUGGGCAAGGAUGUGGCCAUCCCGUCAUCAUUGCUGAGUCAGCUAGAGAAAGGCCACUUCAAAUACGUCCUGAACCAGGACCUGGCCUUUGCGGAUGCAAGAAGGAGGAACGAACAGAUCCGUCAAGCAGCCGAGCAGGCCUUCAUAUGGGCUGAUUCAAGCGAGACCUUGAGACGGGCAAUCAACUCCCGGUCCCGACAUCCUCGUUUGGAGAUGCUCUACGAAGGGGCGACCGUCUACUUCUACGACCCGCCGACAUCAAGGAAGGGCCUCCCCAAAAGGUUGCAAGAUCAAGACGCGUGGUCUGGCCCUGGAGUGGUUGCUGCCAUCGAGAGGCGGGAAGGUGCCAUUAAGCGCGUGUGGAUUCGGUACCGGAACAAGUUGAAGGGCCUCCCGCUUGAAUAUGUUAGACUUGCAGCUCUGGAAGAGGUGGAAGCCUCAAAGGUUUGUCGGGAAGCUCUACAGGAGGUGGAAAAGGAACUGCAAGGUUCUCGCCCGGACAUCGAGGAAAUGGCCGAUCCUGAAAUUGAGGAGCCGGGGUUGCCGUUGAUGGAAUUUAGUGGUGAUGAAGAGGAGGAGGAAGAGGACCUCACACUUCGUGAACCCGCGGCCUCCUCUCUGGAUGAUGUACCGGCUCAACUUCAUCGCGAUGCCGGCCGAGAAAUGACCAGACAACGUGAUGCACAACCACCUCGAAAGAAGGUUCGCUUCGAGGAAGCGAAGGAACGCACUGAACAACAUCUGAGAAGGAUGAAAGCGGUGCUAGAACGAGCGGGCGGACCGGACCGGGGCACAUCUUCUACGGCGGCCACUGUGGCCUCUUCAGCCAGUGGGCGCUCACAGCCCUACCCAACGCCGACGAGGAGCUCUACGCCUGACAUCGCGAGUCAUCGAGGGCGAGGCGUGCUACAUACAAGCGAAGUGUGGCACUUGGAAGAAGCGAUACGAGAACAUCGCCUCAUUUUGCAAGCGGCACGUUGGGACGUUCAUGCAGCGGAAGCUGAAAGGAUUACUGAGGAGUUAGCCAACAGUGUCCUCGAGAAGACGGCCGAGAUCGACGAGGGGGAGGCUAAUGCCAUUUACGUCACGGAGGAGUUAGCCAACAGUGUCAUCGAGAAGACGGCCGAGAUCGACGAGGGGAAGGUCCAGGCGCCGAUCACCGGUAAGCCACGUCUAGAGUUCAAGUGGAAUAAGCUCGAUGACAGCUGGAGAAGGGCUUUUGUUCAACCGCUUAAGGAUGCACUGGACGUCUACAUCGACAACUGUGCGGUUGAAGGAGUUCCCAUGGGACAAAUGGUCUCGCCAGAUCACAUCUUGCCCUCCAGGUUUGUUCUCACGAACAAGAACGAGGAGAAGUCUGUGGAAAAGGCGAAGCUGAAGGCAAGAUGGGUCUUGGCUGGCCAUUUGGACAAGGAGGCCGGAAGAUACGCUACGGAAGCACCUACGGCGAGCUUGGUGGCACACAACCUCAUAUGCUACAUCAGUGCGCAAUGUGGCUGGGCCCUGAAGUAUGCGGACAUUUCGGCUGCCUUCUUACAAGGAGAAGAACUUUGUGAUGAGCGAGUCGUCUACAUUAGGCUGCCGAAGGGCUAUCCAGAUGAGGUCACCAAGCACUUGAUGAAGCGACUGGGGCGGAAGACUCCUGGAGGGAUCCGAGCGGAUCUAGUGCGCCUCACCAAGGGUACCUUCGUGUUCCAUUGGAACGGGAGCCUGAAGGGCAUCAUCGCAGUGCAUGUCGAUGACUUGAGGAUUGCGUUCCACCCAAAGUUCGAGUAUAUCCUCCAGGAGUUGCGCAAGACCUUUUCGUUCGGAGAGUGGAAGACGGCCUUGAAUGAGACCGUGAAGUUCUGUGGCCGGUGGGAACGACAAUGCCCAACCUCCUUCAAGGUCACCGUGACGAUGGACGGCUAUGCUCCCAAGCUACAAGACCCGCCCCAGAGAAAGGCCGGAGAUCGUUCUCCUCUGACUGAUGCGGAGAAGAAGUGGGUGGCCUCAGUGGGAGGCCAAAUCAACUGGAUGGCCAGGCAGGGACGGGCAGACCUGGCAUUUGGCAUUUCGAAGGUGCAGCAGAUGGCUGGCGCUCGUGACCCGGAGACCUUGAAGGCCUUGCUUGCGCUCGUUAAGAAGGCCCGGGACCCUUACGAAUGCAUCUUCCAGGCCAUGCCCGGUGGUUUCGACCAGAUGAUCUUCCUGGCAGUGAGUGAUGCUUCUCAUGCUGCCAUGCCGAAGGGGAGAUCACAAGGGGGACUGAUGAUCCUGCUUGCACCGGAGGAGAUCCUCGAUGGUGAUGCUUUGGUUAACUGCGUGAUGUACCACAGCGCGGUGCUGAAGCGGGUGGUUCGCAGUAGCCUGGCAGCUGAGAUUUCUCAGGCUGCGGAGGCCUUGGAGCAGUGCGACUUUGUUCGAACAAUGAUGGCCGAGAUCCUCGACGGCAAGUUCGCACUGGCUCAAUGGCGCUGGAGUGCAAGCAGGUGGAAAGAAAUCUUGGUAUUGGAUUCCAAGACCGGCUACGAUGUCCUGAACAGCAUCAGUCAUGGAGAGGAUAAGCGAUUGGCCAUCGACAUCGCCAUCUUGAAGGAAUCGCUCUACGAGCCGGAGAGCAACCGCUGGGUCCGAUGGGUGCCAGGAGUGACGAUGCCUUCUGAUGGCCUGACAAAGGAGUACGGCAACCACAUGCGUGAUGCUGUUAUGAAGGGCGGAAAGCUCGGCGAAGAUCCCGGCAGCACCCCUUCUGGUGGCGGCGGCGUCAUCGAGAAGAUCGGCAGCGCGGUGAAGUCACUCUUUGGCGGUGGUCAGAAGAAGGAGUCAGCACCGAUCGUUGGGAGCAGUGCGCUUCCAGGAAUGAUGGGCGGCCUGCUGGGUGCUUUGAUCAAGCCGGCAUUUGGAAUGCUGGGAAAUCUCCUUAAGGGCAGCCAAGAGGACAUGCAAAAGGUCAUGUCUGAAGCACAGACGCUGCUCACCCGGAGCGGCCGCUUGGGCUCCCGCGUGGAGUGCGGACCGGUGUACAGCCAAUCCUACUCCUCCAUGAACAUCAACGGCCAGCAGAGCACCCAAGUGGCGCUGCAGUUUCAAGCGCAGGGUGAUGCAGGAGCCGGUACCGUCUCUUGCUCUGCGACCAUUGUCGACGGAGGCGUGAACUUCCAGGAUCUGCGUCUCGAUGGCACUGCCGUAGAUACCAGCCCUGGACGGGAUGAGAACGUCAUUGAUGUCUGA